AUGGUUUUCAAAACUUUGAUGUUGGCUAUUCUGAUGACUGUAACUGCUAACAGUACCAAACCGGAUAAGAGAAGUGCGGUUCCCUGGGACCUGAUGGGUUCGUCUGGAUGGAACACUGGCGGGGACAGUAUUCCUGCCACGGUGGUUAUAAAUGGAAGUGGUAAAGAAGGCUGGUCAACAGACACGAAUAGCGACGUAGCAGGAGCGCUGGCAGCAGCAAAAUCUGCUGCAACAGCGGUGAUGGCAGCUCAACAGCAAGUUGCAGCAGCAAAGCACGCCGCCCUCGAGCAGCAGAGCGUCGCCAGUGCUAAGGAGGCGGCGGCUGCCCACGCUGCACACAAGAGUGAGGAAGCAGCGAGAAGAGCUCGUGCCCAAGCUCUAGAAGCGGCUCAGGCUGCAGUUCAUGCUCAGGCGCAGCUCGCAGCGGCUAAAGCUAGAGCAGCCGCAGCACAGAAGAUUGCUGCAGCGAGAGAAUCAGCCGCUGCUAAAGCGAUUCAGAACGCCGCACAUAGUCAGGCUGCUAGGCUGCAGAAUGCCGACAUAGAAUCGCUAAAGUGGUCGGUGCUGCAAAGCUCCGGCGCCGCGGGCGCUGCGGGCGCAGCACAGCACGCUGCGAUCGCGGCGGCGGCAGCUCUGCGACCCGACGCAAGUGCAGGACGGCCGACAACCAGAUGGCAACCGUAUUCGUCCAGUGCUUGGAUUUGUACCAAGCCGGAUAAGAGAAGUGCGGUUCCCUGGGACCUAGUGGGUUCGUCUGGAUGGAACACUGACGCGGACAGUAUUCCCGCCACGGUGGUUAUAAAUGGAAAUGGUAAAGACGGCUGGUCAACAGACACGAACAGCGACGUAGCAGGAGCGCUGGCAGCAGCAAAAUCAGCAGCAACAGCGGUAAUGGCAGCUCAACAGCAAGUUGCAGCAGCUAAGCACGCAGCCCUCGAGCAGCAGAGCGUCGCCAGUGCUAAAGAGGCGGCGGCUGCCCACGCUGCACACAAGAGUGAGGAAGCAGCGAGAAAAGUUCGUGCCCAAGCUCUAGAAGCGGCUCAGUAUGCAGUUCAUGCUCAGGCGAGGCUCGCAGCGGCUAAAGCUAGAGCAGCCGCAGCACAGAAGAUUGCUGCAGCGAGAGAAUCAGCCGCUGCUAAGGCGAUUCAGAACGCCGCACACGGCCAGGCUGCUAGGCUGCAGAAUGCCGACAUAGAAUCGCUAAAGUGGUCGGUGCUGCAAAGCUCCGGCGCCGCGGGCGCUGCGGGCGCAGCACAGCACGCUGCAACCGCUGCGGCGGCAGCUCUGCGACUCGACGCAAGUGCAGGAUGGCUGCCGGCGAGCAGAUGGCAACCGUAUUCGCCCCGUGCUUGGAUUUGGUAA